UUUAAAGCACAAACACAAGGUUAAGCUAUACAGAAAAUCCAUAAAAAUUUCUUUAGUGUAUUUCAUCAACUUAUUUUUUAAACUUUGUUAGAAAUAAUUUCAUUGAAAGUAGUAUUUAUCGCAUUUAAAAAUGAUGAUUAAUACGUUUAAAUUUUCGAAAGGCCUUAUAAUUUCCAUAACUUAUAUUGUGAUAAUUUUAACUUUUGUAAAAUGUGCUGGUUCUGGUACAAGUGGUUCUGAUACAGAAGAUAAUAAAAAACAGCCCGUUCCAGAUUUUGAACCGGGCGGCGUAGAUGAUAAAAAUUAUUUUCAGUAUCAUUUUCGAAGUACUUAUCCGGGUCGACUUAAAUUGAGUCCAAAGCAUUAUUUUGCUUCAAAAUAUGGCAAGUUUUCAAAACUAUUAAAAUUCAAUUCUAGAAGUACAUUUAUCAUUAAGUUUGUGCAAUUAUUUGAUUUCUUUCUAUUGCCAGAUUUGAAGUAUAUAAAUAUGGAUCCACUAAAUGUGAGAAAUGAAUAUGAAUACUACAAAGAAAGAAUAUAUAUAGAUAAAAAAUAUGAAGACCGUUUGAAAAACUUAAGGGAUAUUAAAAAUGAAAUAGAAAUUGAGGACAAUGCAUUCGGUAAAUUAUUUGAAUGCUAUUAA